GAAUGUAUCAAGCUGCCUGAGGACCAGCCCAAAUACAAUACAAUCCAAUCCAAUCUACAGAUUUUGAGAUAUAGACAUUGUCAUUGUCAUCCCACGGGAGGAAAGGCCAAGGAGAUCCAAAUUGGAGAGCUCUGACCUGAGGGAAGGACCGGAGUUGAAACCAGAACCAGAACCACAUCGGACGAUAGAGAGAUUGUGUGUGAGAGAGAGAGAGAGGUGCAGAGGAGCAGAGACCAGUUGAGCCAUGGACUGGGGCGAAGGGGAUCUGGUCUGGUUUGACCCGGGCAUGGGCCAUCCCAUACCCGGCGAGAUCCAGGAGGUGCAUCGAGCUGCUCAAGUGAUCGUUGUCCAGGCGCUGAUAAAAGGAAAGCCUCAAACGUUCGCGCUGCAGCCGGGCGAGGGCAGCUUGCGGGCUCGCCAGGAUUUGGGCAGCAGUGGCAUGGACGACAUGACCAUGCUGGACGACCUGCACGAGGCUUCGCUGCUGUGGAACCUGCGACUGCGCUACGACAAGGGCCUCAUUUACACGUUCGCCGGCAGCAUUCUGAUCGCCGUCAACCCCUACAAGAUGUUCCCGGACGCCUACGGGCUGGAGGUGGCCAAGCAGUACGCGGGCAGACCGCUGGGAGUCCUGCCGCCGCAUCUGUUCGCCAUUGGGGCGGCGGCGCACGCGGCCCUGCCUUCGCCACAGGUGGUGGUCAUUUCGGGCGAGUCCGGGUCCGGGAAAACGGAGUCCACCAAGCUGGUGAUGCAGUAUCUGGCCGCCGUGGUGCCCGGCGGGGGCUCCGCCUCGGCGGUCAUCACCGAGCAGAUCCUGGAGGCCGCCCCGCUCCUGGAGGCGUUCGGCAACGCUCGCACGGCGCGCAACGACAACAGCUCCCGUUUCGGCAAGUACCUGGAGGUGUACUUCAAGAGCGGCGCCAUCGUGGGCGCCAAGAUCACCCAGUAUCUGCUGGAGAAGUCGAGGAUCGUGACGCAGGCGCCGGGGGAGCGUAACUACCACGUCUUCUACGAGAUGCUCGGCGGGCUGAGCGAGGCGGAGCGGAGCAAGUACGGACUCCUGGAGGCGGACAAGUACUUCUACCUGAACCAGGGCGCCACCGACUGCGCCAGCGGGCGCGUGGACUGGGCCUCACUGCAGAGCGCCAUGCAGGUGCUGGGCGUGUCCGAGGGCGAGCGGGAGGGCAUCGUGAGGGUGCUGGCCGCCGUGCUGCACCUGGGCAACGUGUACUUCCAUCGGCGCCAGCUGCGACACGGCCAGGAAGGGGUCGAGGUCGGCUCCGACGCGGAGAUCAAGUGGGCCGCCCACCUGCUGCACAUCAGCGACGAGGGGCUGCACCGGGCCGUCACCAGCCGCACCACGGAGGCUCGGGCUGAGCGCCUGCACACGCCGCUGGGCAUCGACCAGGCCCUGGACGCUAGAGACGCCUUCGCCAAGGCCCUCUACGCGGGCCUCUUCAACUGGCUGGUGUCGCGCAUCAACUCGAUCGUGCAGAAGGGCGGCACCCACGACGCCCACCGCAUCAGCAUUCUAGACAUAUUCGGCUUCGAAGAUCUGGCCGAGAACAGCUUCGAGCAGCUGUGCAUCAACUACGCCAACGAGAACCUGCAGCUCUACUUCAACAAGCACGUCUUCAAGCUGGAGCAGGCGGAGUACGCUCGCGAGCGGCUCGAGUGGACGCCGCUGGCGUGGGACGACAACCUGCCCGUGAUCCACCUGCUGGCCAAAAAGCCUGUGGGCAUUUGCCACCUGCUCGACGACGAGUCAAACUUCCCCCGGGCCACGGACCUUAGCUUCCUCGAGAAGUGCCACUACAACCACGCCCUCAGCGAACUGUACGCCAGGCCACGCAUCGGGGCCCAGGAGUUUGGGGUCACCCACUACGCCGGCCAGGUGUGGUACUGCGUGGAUGGGUUCCUCGACAAGAACCGCGACGCGCUGCGCGGGGACGUGCUCGAGCUGCUCGCCUCAAGCCGCCUCACCCUAGUCACCGAGCUGACCAAGCAGCUGCGGGCCCAGCGGGACGCCGGCAAGACCCUGCCAAAGGGCAGCAACGGGCGCUUCGUCACCAUGAAGCCCCGCACCCCGACGGUGGCCGCGCGCUUCGCGGACUCCCUCCAGCAGCUGCUGCAGUCCAUGGGCCGCUGCCAUCCUUGGUUCGUGCGCUGCAUCAAGCCCAACCAGGAGAAGCACGCUCUGCGCAUGGACAUGCCCUGCGUGCUUCAGCAGCUGCGCUACCUCGGCAUGCUGGACACGAUCCAGAUCAGGCAGCGCGGUUACCCGGUGCGCCUCCGCUUCCAGCACUUUGUGGAGCGCUACCGCCACCUGCUGACCGCGCCGCUGGCCCGCGGCACGCCCUACCGCGAGCUCUGCCGCGCCCUGCUUGAGGCCAUGCCGCGCACCGGCGUCGAGGGACCAGACUACCAGUUGGGCGCCACCCGCGUCUUCCUCCGUGAGGCUCUUCAUCGCGCCCUCGAGAGCGGCCGCACCGAACGCCUGCGCCACGCCGCCGUCAGCAUCCAACGCCAUGUUCGCGGCAUGCUUGUGAGGCGCCAUCUGACCCGGCGCAAGGCGGCCGCGACACGACUCCAGGCCCGGUGGCGUGGCCAGCGACAGCAGCAGUACUUUGAGCGCAUGCGACGCGCCGCACUCACCGCCCAGCGGCUGUGGAGGGGCCAGCAGGCCAGGCGGCGCGUCCAGCAGAUGCGCUCCGACCACCGGCGUCGACAGGAGGCCCGGGAGGCGGCACAGCGGUCGCGCGAGGCCCGUGAGGCCAAGCAGGCGGUGCUGGAGAGGAGCCAGCUGAGCUACCUGGACAUCCCGGCCGAGCUAGCCUUCAUCUACUCCAAGCUGCAGGGUUGGUCGCCGCCGCACAGCGACAGGCACCUCGUGAAGGUGCUGGGCACGGUGCCCGGCCCCCCCGCCGCUUCCGUCCAGCUGCCCGAGGAUCUGGCCCAGUUCUCGUUUGGAAAGUUCAGCAGCGUCUACUGCAACGGCCUGCGCCUGCAGCCGCGCCGCGAGCCCAUCUCCGCCCCGCUCCUCACGCGAGCGGCGUCGCGGGACCAGGACUUCCAGGACGCCCUGGCCGUGUUCAAGCUGAUUCUGCGAUGGAGCAACGACAAGGCCCUGGAGGGCCCCAAGGAGAAGCUCCUCUCCGACUACAUUGUGCACAAGGCGCUCAGCUCGCGCGGCCUGCGGGAUGAGAUCGUGGUGCAGAUCUGCAACCAGGUGCACGGCCUGGGCUCCGCCUCGGGCGAGGCUACACGCCUGUGGCAGCUGCUCGGCCAAUGCCUGUGCUGCUUCCAGCCCAGUCCCGCCUUCAGCAAGUAUCUGAUGAAGUUCGUCGACGACGAGGCGCCCGCGCCCAUGCGCAACCUCCUACUGCACCAGCUGCUGCGCCAGCAGAGCAGUGGAUCGGGCGGAGUGGCGUGCCGCAGCUUCGUGCCCGCCUGGCUGGAGUGGCGCUCGUGGGCGCGCAGCUGCGACAUGGCCCUGCCGCUCACGUUACCCGACGACGCCAGUCAAACGGUGGCCAUCGACUCGUGGACUUCCUGCGAGGAGGCAGCGGCUCUGGCGGUCUCCACGCUGGGCGUGGCCAGUCGCGGAUGGACCAUAGUGCUCGACGAUGGUCAGCAGCUGACGGACAGCUGUGGCCUGGACUACGUCAUGGAUUUGAUUGCCGAGAAGGAGCUGUGCCCUGCCUUCCCCGCUCCCAGGAGCGACCUUCUCCGCUCCGGUGCCAAGUUCACUCGCACCUCCCUACCUGAGGCCGUGAAGCGGCCAGGUGUCCCUCCCCCUGCGCCACCUACCCCCACCGCAAAGGCAGAUCCGCCCCAGCAGCAACAGCAGAAGCGAAGAAGCAGCCGAGAUCUGCUGUCCCGUAGCUCAGCCCUGAACGAACGGUACUUCGAGCGCGAACCGAGCUCGCCCAGUCCGAGCCCGGGACAGGCCAAGUCGCGCUCGAAGUCGCUGGACGAUCUGCUGGCCGGCGACAUAGCGCCGGGUCAGUCGCUGCCAUUACCCGACUGCGAGUCCCAGGAGCCACUGCACACGCUGGGCCUCUCCGAAAGCCGCCUCAACGACCGCUACCAUUCGGCAGAGCGCCUGGCGCCCAUGGGCAAGGAGACGACGCCCCGCUACCAGAAGUCGCAGAACGCCGCUCGGCGCUCCCACGUCGCCCCGCACGGCUCCCACUCCAGCAAGUACGUGGACAAGUCGGAGUAUGCCACCCGCUCCUCGGCCAUGUCCGACACCAGUGAGGCCCCCUCUCUGGCCUCGCACGUGCGCCGUGUGCGUGUACCCUCGCAGGCCUCCGACGUCGACCAGUUCCUGGACGACUUGUUCAGCCCGGUGCUCGAUGGCUCCCUGGACGAGCUCUCCGACGCCAGGUCCCUAGCAGCAAGCAUCAGAGGAGGAGGCCAAAGGCAAACCACAGAAGACUCGCUGGAUGCGGAGUUGCAGUGGGAAGAGCUGGAGCUGGACAGCCUGGAUGACUACAUCAACACGCUGUUCGACACCAUCGACAUAGCAGACGAACUGGACAAGCUGGCGGGGAAGCAGCAGCAGCAGCAGCAGUCGCUGGUGGACUGCAUUAAGGGGGGUGGCAGCACGGACCACGUGUCUACGGCCGCGGGGGGCAGCAACGGAGGCGAUCCGCUGAGGCAUCAGAUGAUCCAGAUGCCGGGGGAGACAGACUCGGGCCCGGCCCUCUACCAGCAGCAGGUGCAGCGCGCCUUCCUCCAGUCGGCGAUGGCCCAAAACCUGCAGAUCCAGCAGCAGCUGCUGGCCCAGAACCAAGCGCUCCAGACGUUGCUCAGCCAACAGGCAGCGGCAGCAGCGGCCGCCACCUCCGCCUCCCCACCACCGGCGCCACUUGCAAUGGGCAGCCGCAGCCUAUCCAGCAUGUCUCCACCGCCACCGCAGUCGCCGCUGCGGAUAAAGGCGACGCGCAGCAGCAUGGUGCUGAUGGAUGCUGCGAAUCCGCCGGCGCCACCACCUCCGCCGCCGAUGCCGCCGCCGCUGGAGUGCAAGGAUCCUUCCGAGACGCGGCACUUCCUGGACCCGUACGGCCGCGCCAAGACCGUCAGGAUCGGCAAGUGGCGCUGGCCGCCGCCGCAGGGCGAGCCCCAGUUCCAGACCGAGGAGGACUUUUUCGCUUUCAAGAUGCGGCAGCAACAGCGGAAAACGACGCCGCAGGCGCAGCACCAGCUGUCCGCCAACGGAGGAGCUGCCACGGCCAUCGAGUGGGAAGAGUUCGAAAUCGAGAGCCAGACGCCGCCGGCGCCGUCGCAAACGCCGGUUAUGAUGAUGGGCAGCAGCCUGACCACUCAGCUUAUGCGGAGCAGCAUCCGCAUGGAGACCACCACCACGACCACAUCCGCGACUACGACCGCUUCCAGAGAUGUGCAGGAUGCAGCACAGGGACAGGCACAGGGACAGGCACAGGGACAGGCGCAGGCACAACAGACCAUGGUGACCAGCACCAAGCUGGCGAAAAAGAGCUUCGAGAUCGGGGCCGACCGCCCACCCCCCGGCAGCGUGGGAAAGCUGAAGCUCAGUUCCGAGAUGCGCCAGAGGCUGGAGCAGGUCACUGCCGGCCACUCGGUUCGCUCCACGGUGUCCAACAAGUCCGAGCAACGUGCCCCGUCUAAGCUGGAGGACACCCGCAAGCUGAUGCUCCAGCAGCAGCUGGGCGGACUCUUUGCCAGUGUCAGCGGUGGCGGUGCAGGCCACGGCCACGGACACGGCGACUCUCUGGCCACGGUGCGGACGCAGAUAGAGCGAAUGGAGGGCAAGCUGUCUCCGCCGCCGACCCCACCUACAAGCGCCUGGCCGGGAGUGCUUCUGCCGCCGGCACCCAGCGUGCCCGCACCACCGCCGCCCAUUCGGCCGCCGAACAUGGCGCCGCCAGCUCCACCCCCGGCUCCACAAACGGCCAACGAGCGGAUCCACACAACCGAGCCGGAGCCGGACUACCGCAAAGAGAACGUGCCCGCGUUCAUCCAGCGCCAGGAGCGGGACACCUUUGGCGCCGUGCGCCAGAGCGUCCACCAGCAUCACCAACACCAGCCGCUGCUCCAGCACCAGCACCAGAACCAGCUGCAGCACCACCACGUGAGCGAUGAGCACUCGGCGUCCUCCGUCGCCGCCUGGGAGCAGGCUGAGCGGGAAAGGUCGCGCAGCCGGAGCAGAUCGCGGGACCGCGAGGACUACUCCGAGUCCGUGUGGGACCGGGCCGAAGUGGAGGGCCCGGCCUCCGGCAGCGGCAGCGAGAAGGAGCGCGAGAAGCGGGAGCGCGAGCGUCUCUACGAGCUCCGCCAGGUGGAGCGCGAGAAGGAGAGCCACAAGGUGUACCAGCCGGCGCCGCCACGCGUCAUCCAGGCCAGCCUGGACACCAUGUCCAUGCCCAUGGGCAAGUCAGGCACUCCGGCCACUUUUCGCACCCACAUGGCCCAGAAGUAUGAGCACGAGCGGAAGCGAAAGAGCUCCGCCAGCUCCGGGAUGCGCGACGAGCUGGAGCCGAUUGCCACGCCCCCGCCAGUCCUGGUUCCGGCCCCCGUGCCCCCACCACCAGCAUCGGCCUCAUCCUCGUCCAGCGGAAUGAGUCCCGGGCUGGCAGUGGCCGGUACAGCCACUGGAUCCGGAUCGGGACUAGGAGGCACGGCUGUGCCAGAGACCGCGACCGGGUCCGUGGCAAUGUCUGGCCUUGGGGCCAGCUCCUGCCUGACAUACAACCGUGUGCCAUGGAAGCUGCGGGUGCGCAAGGAGGUGUUCCAGCCAAACGAGCCUAUUGGGCCGCCAGUGGCCCUCGACCUGCUCUUCGCCCAGGUGCUGAGCGACGUGUUCGGGGUGACGCCAUGCCUGCGCAUCACGCCGCAGGAGAAGAGCUCCGCGCUGAACAUGCUCCACGGGCACGGGGUCAGCGUGGACACACUGUCUGCCAGGGGCCAGCAGGUGCGUGCGCUCGUGAAGCGCCACCUGGUGGACAUGGCCCGCGACUGGCCGCUCUACUUCGCUCGCCUGUUCGCAGUGCAGGGCGCCCCACUCUACCCGGACGUCAGCGUCAUGGGCGUCUCGCACAGCGGCCUCUACCUGGCCCGCCGCGACACCGAAUACCUGAUCGUGGUGCAGGCCAUUGCGUUCGCGGAGAUCCAGAACGCCGUCACCCUGCCGCGGCCCGCCGCCCUCCAGCUGAACAUGCGCAACGGGAAGCACCUGGCUCUGCAUGCCUCCAGGGCCGCAGCCAUCCAGUCGAUGAUCACCACCUUCGUGCAGGAGUUCCGGAAGUCACAGUCUAAGGCAUCGACGCUUUCGUCGGGAGCUCGAGCCGCCGCCCAGAUCCUCAAUGUUCCGCUGGAGCGCAUGGAAACUCGCCAGGCGCAUGCACAGCGCAACGAGCACGGCAACUUGAAUGGGAACGAGGGGGAGAAGCAGCAGCAGCACCAGCAGCACCAGCAACACCAGCAAUCGGAGCUGCAGCACCACCUGCAGCAGCAGCAUUUGGAGGAUGCCUUCGAGGAGCAGCAACUGGCGGCUGAGCAGCAUCAUCAAGGACAGCAACAACAGCAGCAGCAGCGGUUUAUGAAGCAGCAAAGCUACCUGCACUCGACCCGCAAGCCGAAUGCAGGCCAACAGUCCUCCUCCCUCACCAAUGGCCAGUCCCACCAGUCACCCGAUCAGCUUCUACAGCAGCAGCAGCAGCAGCAGCAGUCGAUGACACACCACGACCUGGAAGCCAACUACUUGACGGAGGAUACCAACGGCGGCACCCCGCUCUCGGUCACAAAAUACUCGCUGCUCCAAUUCGCCAUGCAGCACUUCCGCAACGACCAACUGCGGGAUGCCGAUCGACACCUGGAACGACACCAGUCCCAGGCGGCAGCCAACCGCUCGUAUGCUGAGCUGGUCAAGUGGCAGGGCCAUGCCAUCCGCCUGCCGCUCCUCCGACUGCCCAACGACCUGGCCCCCCUCGCCCUGGAAUGCUUCGACUGCGUCCUCCGCUACUGCGGCGACAUUCCACUAGAUCCCGAGCUCACCGAGGUCAAGUGUGUCUACACGGUGCUAAUGCAUUGUCACAAAUACCUGGCCCUGAGAGACGAGGUGUACUGUCAGUUGAUGAAGCAGACCACGGCCAACCGAUCACCUUGCCCGGACAGCUCGCAGCGCGCUUGGCGCCUGCUGAGCAUUCUGGCCGCCUACUUUGGCUGCUCAGAUGCCUUGCGGCCGUACCUGAUGGAGCACCUGACGUCGGCCGCCUCGGACCGCCGUCGUUCCUGCCACGGCACGGCGGCCGUCUGCCUCACCAACCUGCGGAAGACGGCGCGCUGCGGCGGCCGCAAGAACGUGCCAAGCGUGGAGGAGGUGACGGCCGUGUCUGCCGGGCGCUCGGCCAGGCGACAGAUCUACAGGUUGCCGGGGGGCGCUGAGCGGGUGGUGAACACGCGCUGCUCCACGGUGGUAGCUGAUGUCAUAGCCGAGCUGUGCUCCCUGCUGGGCGUCGAGUCGGAGGCCGAGCAGCAGGAGUUCUCGUUGUACUGCAUCGUGCAGGGCGACGCGUUCACCAUGCCCUUGGCCGCCGACGAGUACAUACUGGACGUGACGACGGAGCUGCUCAAGUCCGGUCAGCCCUUCUACCUAAUCUUCUGCCGCUCCGUGUGGCACUUUGCCCUCAAGCGCGAGCCGGCGCCCAUGCCGCUGUAUGUGGAGGUUCUCUUCAACCAGGUGGCCCCCGACUACUUGGAGGGCCUGCUGCUGGAGCUGCCCGGCAACGGGGUGCCCAUGCCAGAGAUGGUGCGUGACAUGGCCAGGAUCGCGGCGCUGCUGCACCGCGCCGCCGACCUCAGUCAUGUGCCGGCCAUGAAGGAGAUCAAGUUUCUCCUGCCCAAGCCGGCGCUUGGCAUACGCGAGAUACGGCCCGCGCAGUGGGUCGGCCUGGUGCAGUCCGCCUGGCCGCAGGUGGCCGGCCUGAGUCCGAGCCAGGUGAAGGCCCAGUUCCUCAAUGUGCUGGCCGCCUGGCCGCUCUUCGGCAGCAGCUUCUUUGCGGUGAAGCGCAUCUGGGCCGAGGAAGGGCCGCACGUGGAAGACAACCACAGCCCCAUGUGGCGCGACCUAAUCCUCGCCCUCAAUCGGCGUGGAGUGCUCUUCCUCGACCCCAACACGCACGAGACUCUGCAGCACUGGAGCUUCAUGGAGGUGAUAUCCACGCGCAAGGUGCGCUCGGAGGAUGGAGCCCUCUUCUUGGACAUGAAGGUCGGCAAUCUCAUGCAGCAGCGCGUGAUUCGCGUCCAGACGGAGCAGGCGCAUGAGAUAUCGCGCCUGGUGCGCCAGUACAUCACCAUGGCCCAGAUCAGUCAGCGGGACAAACGGGAGCUCAAUUAGGGAGGGCCAAUCGAGAAGCGAGAACUAUUGUUUAACAAUUUUUCUACCAUUUUGGAUACAGAAUUUUUACAGAAUUAAUCGCCUCUCUAUUGGAUGUUUUCCGCAUAAAUUACAAUAUUUUUUUUUUCGUUUUGUAAGUUUUAUAAAAUAUAUUUAUAUGCAUACACAAGCCCAUAUACAAGAUAUGUACAUACAUACAUGCAAGAUACAUAUGUAUAUACAUAUGUACAUACUUGCAUAUAUACAUAAACGCAUUUAAAUUUGUUCACGUGCGAGUGUGUAUAUGCUUAUGUAUUGCUGGUCCUUUAGUUUUCUUUGCUUUCCAACUCCCCACAACUUGGUGGCUCUUGAAUGGCCAUAUACAUAUGUAUGUAACCAUCACCACCCCCACCCCCACAACCUUUUCCCCCAUCCCAGGCUUUAGGCAAGCCAAGUGCAAUGCGUGGGCAGCAUUCGAAUGCUCUGACACACAGAUUUGUAUAUUUUUCAAAUUUGCAAAAUAAUAAUUUUAUAUUUUAUUUUUUUUAAUUGGCUAGGGCGAAAGCU